CCGUGAAGGGGAGGAGCCGCCGAGGCUUCCUGGGCGAGCGAAGAAGAAAGGCGAGAAGGAAGGCGUGAGGAGAGAGAAAGAAGCACGGAAGCUGCCGCGGUUAAGACAGCGAGGAAGGCAUCGAGCUGAGGGGCGGCAGCGAAGCUACCAGGCCGGAGUCGGCCGCUGACGCCGAGAUGGAGCAUCACCACCACCACCAGCAGCCUGCCAGCCGGUACCAAGUGCUUCAUAAUGAAGAUGAUCCUGCAGAAUCAUCAGUGGCCGAACAACCAUCCACCUCUACAGAAACUAUACCAGCUUCUCAAAUGGAGGCUUCUUUACCAGACACAGAUACUUCACCUCCACCUUACUAUAGCAUUGCUGCAGAAGCAGCUGCAACAUCAGAAAUCGAAUUGCCUAAUGAAUUUUACCCAGUGCCACCUCCAUACAGUGUAGCUACCUCUCUUCCCACUUACGAUGAAGCUGAGAAGGCCAAAGCUGCAGCAAUGGCAGCUGUUGCAGCAGAAGCAGCAGCCCAAAGAGAAGAAGAGUAUCCCCCAAGGGAUGAUUUCAGUGAUGCAGACCAGCUGCGUGUAGGCAAUGAUGGCAUCUUCAUGUUGGCCUUUUUCAUGGCAUUCAUUUUCAACUGGAUUGGAUUUUGCUUAUCGUUCUGUAUAACUAACACCAUAGCAGGAAGAUAUGGUGCCAUUUGUGGGUUUGGACUGUCCCUGAUCAAAUGGAUUCUUAUUGUUCGGUUCUCUGAUUACUUCACUGGCUAUUUCAAUGGACAGUACUGGCUUUGGUGGAUAUUUCUUGUACUUGGCCUCCUCCUAUUUUUCCGAGGGUUCGUUAAUUACCUAAAAGUCAGAAAUAUGUCUGAAAGUAUGGCAGCUGCUCAUAGAACAAGAUUUUUCUUCUUGUACUAGAGACUGCAUCGACCAGACAUUCCUUUCACAUGCCAAUGUGAACUUCCAGCCAAUCUGUAACCUUCCAAGUGAAUAGGGAAAGACGACUACUAAAUAUAGAAGAUACAUUUGAAGCAGGAUCUUUUUGCCGCUUAGUGAAUGACAGGAUGGUUUAUGCUUAAGUGCCAUUUCUGUUCAUUCUAGUACAUAUUUAUAUUAUGCAUUGCCUUUUGUCUUGCACAUAUGCAUAUGUGCUAAUUAACAAGAACUUUAAAAAGAAUAAAGUCCAUGCAUUUAGUCUGCUAAGCAGUUGAAUACAAACAGACUUUGACUAAUCUCUGUUUGAAUCUGAAAGAUUUUAAGUGGUAACUCAUUUUCGCAGUAUUAUGUACUAUCCACUUGCUGGUCUGCUGUUUUGUUGGGUACAAACAAAUUGUACCAAAGGACACAUAGUAAACCACUUGGACUCUG